GCCAUUACGUUCCUGAUUCGAAGGAAGGAGGUAAUGUGGUUGAUCGAACAGAGCCAAAAACACUUUUGGUACAAGGAAUAUGACACAUAUGGGCGGAAGAUUAUGGAUGACCUUGAUAAAAGAAUUACACAUCUGAUACUGUUUUACGUACUACUGAUUUAUGCCACAAGCUUUGUAUACAUGUUGUAUGGUAUCACUGAGAGUGUCGGGAAGGCUGGAGAGGACAGAAUUCAUCCAAUAAGAUUCAGAUUGCUUAAAAAUCCCACGACAACGCCAUAUUAUGAAGUAGUAUUCGUAUUAGAGACAGUAUCAACGACGCAUAUGGGAAUUUGCUUCUGCAGUUUCGAUAAUUUCUUGUAUGUACUAUCCAUGAACAUUGGCGGCCAGUUCAAAAUCUUACGAAAUAAAAUGGAGACGAUAUUCAUUCGCGAUGAUUCAAAGGGAAAAUCAAUUCAAACUUACCACGAGUUCAAGAAAUGCAUAGCUCAUCAUCAUCUACUCAUCUCGUUCGUGAACAAACUGGAAUGUGUCUUCUGCUUUCCUUUAAUAUGCCAGUUGCUAAUAUCCAGCAUAGUGUUGUGUGUCGCAGGAUUUCAACUAUCCACGCAUAAUGAAGUGUUAAUGAAGAAAGUAUUGUUCCUGGCUUAUAUCUUUGGUGGUUUCAUACAAAUAUUCUUGAUAACGAUGAACUGCAACAAUAUAAUGGAUGAAAGCGGCGCCAUAGGGAACGCGAUAUACAAUUCCAAUUGGGCAGAAACAUCGUACGAUGAAUUCAAUCAAUUCAGGAAAGACAUGGUUACCGUAAUGCUACGAUCAAAAUGUCCUUGCAAAGUUACAGCUGCAAAAUUUUUUCCAAUUUCCCUUCAAUCGUUCACGAAUGUGUUAAGUACCACUGCAUCUUAUCUUACCCUACUACGUACAAUGGCCAACGAAGAGCAAUGA